AUGAUGGUUCCUAGGGCUUUUCUCUUUACCUCUGUGCCGUCGUCGUAUCCUUCCUGGAAACAUGGCAAGCGAAAUCAACCCUCGUCCAAGUCCGCCGCAGACUUCGUUGCCUCCCCUGACGUCUCCGGCCUCGAUUUCCCCGAUAAGGAUGCGCCAGAAGCGAUACAAACCAGUCCGGUUGUCAUCCCCCCCAAACGCUCUCCUCGCACCGCAUCAGCUCGUCCUGAGACAGGCAACAAAAGCCCGCGGACUCCUAGAAACUCCAAGACCGCCCGCAGACCUUCGUCGCUCGCCUCGAUUCUGGAAGCCACGGCGAUCCCAGUUCCUCGACGCAAGUGGUCGUCAACCCGAGAGUCUCGCAAAUUACCUCGAGGCGACCAUGUGCAGGAUUUUAGCCGAUUGUUGAUGGACGGGGUGGAGGAGAGUGGGAACACCGCGCUCGACCUCCUCCUCAGCCCUCCCGAAGGGAAUGAUCGAUCCGCGAUGGAAAGCGACUGUGCCAGCGAGUUCUCUAAUCGCUCCCUAUCUCUCGAAUCUACUCCGUCGCUCGAUCACGACAUAGAGUCACCGUCGAGCUACUCGCUGUCGCUCACGCCUUCUAGCCAGCGCAGUCCCUCGGAGCGACGAUGUCGUCGCUGGUCGCAAUCCGAGAAUUGCGCAUUCGACCAUCCUUUGCUGGACAACGACUCUUCUGAUCUCGAGACGGAGGAGGCUGUUGUUGAGCCCCGAUUGACGACUGCGGAUUCGAACUGCUCAAAGCCUCCGGCGCCCCGGUCAUUUCCACGCUUCGGAUCUACAUUUAAAUCCAACCUAACGGCUUCGCUGCGGGCUAUUAAGUCUGCAGCCCAAACGGUUUCCACCUUCGCCUCGCCGUCGGUCCAACCCGACGACUUCCUGACACGAUCCUUAUUUACGAUUACCCCUGAGAUGACGGACGACCGUCGGCCUCCGCCCAUGAAGGAGCCGCCGUCGCCGGCACUACGACGCUACCUCAACCCGAUCACCGCCUCACCUGCGGAGAUGUAUGCCUAUCACGACCAUCCGCAUGAAUCGCUCGAUCCCCGAAAUUGCCCCGUCUCCGUUCAAAUGCAAACGUAUCAUCGAUCCAGCAAACGAGGCAGCCGGAAGAGCGGUUUUCAUCUCAUUGGCUCGGAGGGUCGCGACCGACAAGUCCAUCGGUUCGAUCCAGAGGUUCCCCCGAUGACACGUCAGCGCGAGCCCCGAGAGAACAGUGAUUUCCUGCGCAUGGUCGUUCUCGAAAUGAACAUGCGACGCAGCGGCAAGCUCCGGGAUGACAUCCCGACUCGGGCUCGUGUGUGCCUUCCGCCUCGCAAGGGAUCCCAGACCCGAUUCACGCCUUACGAUGACUACGAAGAAAUAGAAGAGAAUUCUAUUCCGUCUAGAUGGGUCGGAAUUCCCGCAGUCUAA